AAACAGAUCAUUUGCAAGUUAACGACGAAAGCCAUUGAAGAUUAAAAGUCAGUAUAUAGAGAUGGGCUCUUGCCCUAUUAAAUUUCACUGAUCUACUACUUCUCUUAUCCUUAGCAUAUUCCUUCUCAUUUUCACUUGCUCUUCUCAUUUAUUUCUAGCAAUUUAGUUUUUUUUGUAUUUUCUGUGAAUAUUCUUGGUUCACGCCAAAAAACUCAGCUUAGUAAUUGAACAAUCUAGUAGUACUGAUGACGAAUAUGAUUCAUGAAGAGAAGGAGGUAGAAGAUGAAAAUAAGUUCACAGGGGAGGAAGAGAAGUUGAGCUGGUUAAAGUCACAAGUGAUUGGAGGUGAUGACUUUGAAUUUGAAACUCCUUUUGGGAAACGGAGACUAGUUUAUGCUGAUCAUACUGCUUCAGGAAGAUCUCUUCAUUACAUUGAAAAUUACAUCAUACAAAAUGUUCUCCCUUUUUAUGGAAACACACAUACGAGUGACAGUUACGUAGGGAGAAAGACAUCUAAAAUGGUGCAUGAAGCAACGGACUACGUAAAGAAAUGCAUGGGUGGAAGUCUGGAUGAUGCCCUUAUUUUCUGUGGAUCAGGAACAACUGCGGCAAUCAAAAGACUUCAGGAAGUUAUGGGAAUUUGGGUUCCAUCAACUCUGCGAGAUAGAAUCAUUCAAUACCUAAAGAAUGAAGAAAGGUGGUUAGUGUUUGUAGGGCCAUAUGAGCAUCAUUCGAACGUACUUUCAUGGCGUCAAAGUACAGCUGAAGUCAUAGAAAUCGGGUUAGAUAACGAUGGAUUAGUAGACAUGGAAAGUUUGACAAUUCAGCUUGAGAAAUAUAAGUCUGAAAACCGUCCAAUGUUAGGUUCAUUUUCAGCUUGUAGUAAUGUCACCGGUAUAGUUGUCGAUACACGUGCCAUCUCUCGCCUUCUUCACAUGUAUGGUGCUUUUGCAUGCUUCGACUUCGCGGCAUGUGCUCCCUAUAUGGAGAUGGACAUGCGAUCAGGCAGUAUGGAAGGAUACGAUGCUAUUUUUGCAAGCCCGCAUAAGUUCCUUGGCGGUCCUGGAACACCGGGAAUCCUUAUGAUGAUUAAGGCCUUGUAUCAGCUGAGAUCUUCUGCUCCUUCAACUUGUGGAGGAGGCACUGUUAGCUAUGUCAAUGACUUCAACGCGAAGGAUACAUUAUACUACGACGACAUUGAAGAAAGAGAAGACGCUGGUACACCGCCGAUCAUUCAAAAGAUACGAGUGUCGUUGGUAUUUUGGGUGAAAGAAUUCAUAGGGCACAAUCUAAUCGACAAGCUAGAAGAAUUCUACAUAGAAAAAGCUCUCAAGAGACUCCUCCCAAAUCCAAACAUAUGGAUACUAGGAAAUACCGAGGUCAAAAGACAGGCCAUCCUUUCUUUUCUUGUUUUCCCUAGCAGUACCGAUUCUAUGCCUCCAAUAGCAGAUGAAAGAAAGAGAGGACUUUACACGAUAAAAGAGUCAGGGAAGUCUUUACACGGACCUUUCGUCGCAAAGCUUCUCAAUGACCUUUUUGGCAUUCAAGCUCGAGGUGGGUGUGCCUGUGCUGGACCCUAUGCGCAUCGUUUGCUCGGCGUCGAUGAACAUCUAUCUCUUGCCUUUCGAGCCACCAUCAAAAAGGGUUACCAUGGUAUAAAACCAGGAUGGACAAGAAUCAGCUUUCCUUAUUACAUGUCAAGGGAAGAAUUUGAUUUCAUAUUAUCAGCUCUAGAAUUCGUUUCUAUAUAUGGUGCACGCUUCCUCCCGUUGUAUAGCUUCAAUUGGAAUACAGGGCAAUGGACAUUUAGAAGGAAGUCAAUCUACGGAAAUGUAGUGUGGGAUAAUCCAAAAUUCGUGCAGUUGGCUGAUAAGACGACGUUAUUUGACCGAACAAAUUCAGUGAUCGAGGCAAACAGUAACGGAAAGGGCGGUGAGUACAGAGCUAACAAUGAAAAGGGUGUUGAAGUGAUUCAAAGUUUUAAAAUGUACUUAGAGAGUGCAAAAGAUAUUGCUAAAUCUCUCGCAAAAGUUUCUCAUCAACGCAAUAUUCCCAACGAUAUAGAUCCAAAUCUUGUAUACUUCGUAAUCUAGACGCGAUAUGAAGAUGGGAAGCGUCAUAUGAUGCCAACGUCUCCCGUUAGUUGUAUUCAGAUGUUAACUUUAAGAAAAUUGGGCGCAGAUUCGAGAACAA